AUGCCAACUCCUGACUGGUACUACCAAAAGAAAACCCCCACCAUCCGUAUUUACCCCAUGGAACGUACCUAUUCCAACCCCAAUCCCGGAUACGUCUGGGUCGAAGAAGGGUCUAAACUCCACUCGUUACUUUUAUCUUGGUUGGAUUGUUCAGUAUCUGAGCAGACAUUUCAAGGAAUGGUGGAGGGAGAGGACGAUGCGGAAGCCUUGUUAUUGUUGCGAACAGAGAGAGUGGAGGAGGGCAGAGAGAGAGUUGAGGAGGGCAGAGAGGAAUAG